AUGGCUACAUUUCUGAAAUCAGUAGAAGGAGAACAUUUAUGUAAUCCAUCGUUAUUAAGCGAAUUAGUUUCUAAACUGUCAACCAGUAAACAAAUGCAAUGGGCAGAAAAAUGUUUAAGUUUAAAUAAGACACCCAAUAUUAUGGACUUUAGUACGUGGCUGAAUUGUAUGAGAAAACUUGCAAAUAUGGUAUCUGAUUCACUACCGACUUCAUUGGCAGAUAGUUCCAACCGUAGAUCGUAUAAUCAACAACCGGCAUCACAAAAAACAAACAAAUAUGCCAUGCUUAGCCUCACCAAAAAACCGUGUUUUAUUUGUAAUGGUGAGUGUGCUGAUAUUAGUAAUUGUGAAAAGUUUUUAAGCAUGGAAGUAGACGAUCGCUGGAAAAUUGUUAAAGAAUUACAUUUAUGUUUUUGUUGCUUAAAACAGAAUCAUCAAUUAAAAUCCUGUUACGCCAAACAUGUAUGUGGUAUAAAUAAUUGUCCUCAAAAACAUCAUAACCUGCUACAUAAUAUAAACCGUGAACUGCCAUCGUGUUCAUCUACUAUUUCAUCCGGCGUUAAUUGUCAUGUAGACUGCCAAGUUGAUAAUAUUUUGUUCCAGAUAAUCCCAAUAAAACUAUACAAUGACGGCAAAGAAGUCACUAUUUACGCCUUUAUAGAUGAUGGGGCCAAUGCAACAAUUCUGGAUUGGGAUAUUGCUAAUCAGCUAAACCUACACGGAACACCAGAUACCCUAAAGCUACAAUGGUUAAAUGGUCGCUCUUCAUGUGAAUCCACCGAAAUUGUCAAUGUUCUUGUAAGUGCUGUUGACGAUAAUAUAAACAAGUAUGAAAUGAGAAAAAUUUAUUUGUCAAAAAAUUUAGAAUUGCCAACUCAAUCGAUUGUUAAAAACCAGCUGAUUGCUAAUUAUCCUCAUUUGGCAAAUAUACCAGUUAACGAAUACAUUUCUAGAAGACCGAAAAUGAUAAUAAGUAUUGCCCACGCAUUUUUAACAGUUCCCAAUGAAGUUAUAGAAAAUCCAUCGAAUUAUGGUCCGAUCGUUAUAAAGUGUAAAUUGGGAUUGAUUAUUUACGGUCCAGUGAAAAAUUGUGAAUCAAAAAUCAAUCAAGUAUUUUAUACAAAGGCGGUGAAAAAUAGAACUGCCGAUGAAGAAAUGAAAGAUAUGAUGUAUAAUUACUUUGAGAUUGAGUCUUGUGGUGUGAAAAGUAAUACAAAAACAAUUUUGUCAAGUGAACAUAAGAGAGCAUUAGACAUAAUGAACGCAACAAUAAAAUUCAUUGGUGAUCGUUAUGAAUGUGGUUUAUUAUGGAAAACUAAUGAUGUAUCAUUUCCGCCGAGUUAUGAAAUGGCCCGUAAAAGAUUAGAAUUAUCAGAAAAUAAGUUUAAAAAGGAUCAUGUAUACGCUAAGAAAUACUGUGCCAAAAUUGAAGAUCUGUUUAAAAAGGGAUAUGCCAGGCGGUUAAGUAAGGCAGAGCAAACAAUUACACCAAAAACCUUUUAUUUACCUCAUUUUGCCGUUGAAAACCCAAACAAAGAUGAUAUUCGUGUGGUUUUUGACGCUGCAUCCAAAGUCAAGGGAAUCUCUUUAAAUGAUGCGCUCCUUUCUGGUCCUGAUUUAAACAAUUCACUUAUUUCCGUAUUGUUUAAAUUUAGAGAAGCACCGGUAGCGGUUUGCGGUGAUAUACGCGAAAUGUUUCUUCAAGUGGCAAUAAGCAAUGAUGACAUCAAUUCUCAAAGAUUCUUGUGGAGAGGUUUAGAUUUUAAUGAUCCCGUACAGCACUGUGUCAUGACAAGAAUGAUUUUUGGCGCCGCUUGCUCCCCUACUAUUGCUCAAUUCAUAAAAAACAAAAAUGCCCAGACAUUUUCUGAUGAAAGUCCUCGAGCUGUUAAUGCUAUAAUAUAUCGUCACUACGUUGAUGAUUACGUAGAUUGUUUCAAGUCAGAUUCGGAAGCCAUCAAAGUCGUUACAGAGAGCGUUAUUGACACGUUCAAUGGCUCCAAUGUAUCUUCAGUAGAUGUGUCAACGGAUGGAGUCGAAAGAAUAUUAGGUUUGCAUUGGAAUCCAAUUAGAGAUGAAUUUGUUUUUAUUUUAAAAUUUCAUCGGAUAGCUGAAGAUAUAAUUGAAUUACGUCGCAAACCAACAAAAAGGGAAAUUUUGAGCGUAAUUAUGUCAAUUUUUGAUCCCUAUGGUUUUUUAGCAAAUAUUACAGUAGCGGGAAAAAUUCUAAUGCAAACACUGUGGAAAUACGAUUUAGACUGGGAUGAUGAAAUACCGGAUAAUAUAAAUGGUAGCGAUGCUAGCGAAGAGGCCAUGGCUGUUGUCGGUUAUUGGCGAAUAAAAACAACUGCUGGAUAUAAAAUUUCAUUUGUUUGUGGUAAAACUAAUUGUGCACCGACGAGAUAUUUUUAUUGUGUUAAACCUGAUCGUGUGCAGUUCUGGACAGAUUCUCAUACAGUAAUCAGGUGGAUCAAAUCUGAUUCAAGAAAGUAUAAACAGUACGUAGCGAACCGUGUUGGAGAAAUAUUAGAAACUACGACAGUGGAUAAUUGGCGGUGGUUACCAGGUGUUGAAAAUCCUGCGGAUGAUGCAACGCGGGCAAAACCAAAAUAUGAACUUGAUAGUCGGUGGAAGAAUGGUCCAGAAUUUUUGUACCUUCCAGAAAACUUGUGGCCUUCAAUGGAUGAUAAUUCUCACCAUAUUGAGCCUGAAUUGGAACUUCGCACUAAAUAUGUCUUAACGUCUGUGGUAUGCUCGCCUUUAUUUGAUUUUAAUAGAUAUUCCAAUUUUCGUAGAUUAAAAAGAGCAAUGGCUUGGAUUAUGAGAUUCAUUAGUAAUGCAAAGAUAUCAUCAAAUGAUAAAGGUAGAAUCAAAGGGGAGUUAUCAGCUAAAGAAGAAGAUCAAGCUGAAAAGAUUUUGUGUCGUAUGGUACAGCAAUCAGCAUUUCAUUCUGAAUAUACAUGUCUCCAAAUGAACAAACCUAUCGAUGUUCGUAGUAAUUUGAAAACAUUGUGCCCUUAUUUAGAUGAUUUUGGGUUACUUCGUGUUCAUGGUCGUAUCGAUAAUGCACCCUUUGCUUCUAUGGACGCGAAGAGGCCACGCAUAUUGCCAAAACAACACCGUUUCACUGAACUGCUAGUUUUGUGGUAUCAUCAUCGCUUCAACCACAUCAAUGACAAUACGGUAAUAAACGAAAUAAGACAGAAAAUAUGCGCAUCAAGAAAACAGUGGCGUAUACAGCAAAAUCUAAAGAAUGGAGUGUGGAAACGUUGGGUGAAAGAAUAUCUUCCAGAACUUACACGUCGUUCUAAGUGGUUUGCUGCAUCCAGCCCUUUAUGUCCCGGAAGCCUUGUGUUAAUUUGUGAUGUGAAUGAACCCCGUUCCAAAUGGAAGAGAGGAAGAGUUUUAAGAUUAAUAGUCGGUAAAGAUGGAGUUGCCAGAUCUGCAGAUGUUCGUACAUCCACAGGUGUUUUAAGCAGACCGGUCAACAAGAUAGCUGUAUUAGAUGUAUCGAAUGGCUAUAGUGAAUCUCAGCCCAUGGAGUCGAUUCACAGGGGUGGGGAUGUCGAUGAUGGCAAUCAUGUUUGA